CCUAUUUGCUGACUUUUUAUGAAUUUCAGUUUCCAUUCCAAAAAAAUAAAGAUCACUUGCACGCCACAUAAACAGCCCUGGUGAAAUCCUCAAAGCCUCGCUCGUCCUUGUCCAGUGAUUCACUGGCCACACCCUCAGAGCCGCAUUCUCCUCCGAUCCCUAACCCUAAUUACUCUGAUAUGGAAUCCAUCGGUGUUCUCAUGCUCUGCCCAAUGAUCUCCUACCUCGAGCAAGAGCUCGAUAAACGCUUCAAGCUCUACCGGUACUGGAAUUACCCACAAAGCGCCCAGUUCCUCAAGGAACACGCCAAUUCCAUUCGCGCUGUCGUCGGUAACUCCAACUAUGGCGCCGAUGCCGCGCUCAUCGACGCCUUACCCAAGCUGGAGAUCGUGUCUAGCUUCAGCGUUGGAGUCGAUAAGAUUGACUUGAACAAGUGUAGGGAGAAGGGGAUUCGGGUUACAAAUACCCCUGAUGUUCUGACCGAUGAAGUCGCCGACUUGACGAUCGGCUUGAUUCUGGCCGUGUUGAGGAGGCUCUGUGAGUGUGAUCGGUACGUGAGGAGCGGGAAAUGGAAGAAGGGUGACUACAAGUUGACCACUAAGUUCUCUGGGAAAACAGUUGGUAUCAUUGGUUUGGGAAGGAUUGGCAAGGCAGUAGCCAAGAGAGCUGAAGGAUUUAACUGUAAAAUAAGCUACUACUCUAGAACAGAGAAACCAGACUCAAAUUACAAGUACUAUCCAAGCGUUGUAGAGUUGGCAUCCAACUGUAAUGUUUUGGUUGUUGCUUGCCCUCUUACAGAGGAAACCCACCAUGUCAUCAAUCGCGAGGUUCUUAAUGCCCUUGGUCCCAAGGGUGUUCUUAUUAACAUCGGUCGAGGUAAGCAUGUUGAUGAGCCAGAACUGGUCUCUGCGCUUCUUGAAGGCAGACUGGGUGGUGCUGGACUAGAUGUGUUUGAAGAUGAGCCUAAUGUACCAGAAGAGUUGUUUGGGCUAGAAAACGUUGUGUUAUUGCCUCAUAUUGGAAGCGCCACGGUGGAAACUCGCACAGCCAUGGCUGACCUUGUCCUUGGAAAUCUAGAGGCGUACUUCCAGGGCAAGCCACUUCUAACUCCAUUGGUUUAAUCCAUGCUCAUCAUAGGUCUGUAGAAGAGGUUACAUCCAAAUAAUUGUUAUUCAGAUCAUUGUCUCUUGUAUUUGAUGUAUCUUGGGCGAAACUAAAUUCACUUUCUCUGCCUUUCUUGUAUGCAAUAAAUUGGUGUGAUGUGAUUAAAUCACAUAUCUUAUCGUAUCAUGUUUACCUAA